UUGAGCGGUAAGAAACAUGCCGGUGGUUAGCUUCCACUAAACCGAGCACAACAACCAUCCUUUUCUCCUGCGUUAAUGCAUUGGCGAUACAUGAAGAAGAAAGUACGAGUCAAUCUUUGAAACCAGAGAUCAUGAACAGUCGACUCCAGGAGAUUCGAGAACGCCAAAAACUUAGACGACAGCUGUUAGCUCAACAGUUGGGAGCUGAGAGUGCGGACAGUAUUGGGGCUGUUUUGAACAGUAAAGAUGAACUGAAGGAGAUAGAAGAGAGCAGAGAAACAUGCAGGGCUUCGCUGGAUAGCUCGAUUCCUCAAACCAAAAGGAAGGCACCGACCGAAGGAGAGGACACUGAGGAGGAAGUUGAAGAGCAAAAGGAUGAGGUAGAAGUGCAACCGCCCGAAGAAAGCAACGCGUAUGAGGAAGUCUACAAGGACUCGAGCACUUUCCUCAAGGGCACCCAGAGUCUGAACCCUCACAACGAUUACUGUCAGCACUUCGUGGACACAGGACAUAGACCACAGAACUUCAUUCGAGAUGUUGGUUUGGCAGACCGGUUUGAAGAAUAUCCAAAACUCAGAGAGCUGAUCAGAUUAAAGGAUGAACUCAUCUGUGCCACCAACACCCCGCCAAUGUAUCUCCAAGCUGACCCGCGACAUUUUGACCUCCAGGAUUUAAAAUGCAAGUUUGACGUCAUUCUGCUUGAACCUCCUUUGGAGGAGUAUUACCGGGAGUCAGGGAUCAGUCACACCGAGUCGUUCUGGUCCUGGGACGAUAUCAUGAAACUGGACAUUGAGGAGAUCUCCGAUUUGCGCUCCUUUGUCUUCCUCUGGUGCGGUUCAGGUGAAGGCUUGGACUUAGGAAGAAUGUGUCUGAGAAAGUGGGGCUUCAGGCGAUGUGAAGAUAUCUGUUGGAUUAAAACCAACAAGAACAACCCUGGCAAGACCAAAGCUCUGGACCCCAAAGCAGUGUUCCAGAGAACCAAGGAGCAUUGUCUGAUGGGAAUCAAAGGAACGGUCCGCCGAAGCACCGAUGGGGACUUCAUUCAUGCUAAUGUGGACAUUGACUUGAUCAUCACUGAGGAGCCUGAGAUGGGGAAUGUGGAGAAGCCCGUGGAGAUCUUUCACAUCAUUGAACAUUUCUGUUUGGGCCGAAGGAGGUUGCACCUUUUUGGGCGGGACUCGACCAUAAGGCCAGGCUGGCUCACAGUGGGUCCAACACUGACCAACAGCAAUUUCAACCCGGAGACGUACGCUUCGUAUUUUGCGCUGCCCAACGCAAACCUUUCCGGAUGCACCGAAGAAAUCGAAAGGCUGAGGCCCAAAUCCCCACCGAGCAAACUCAAAUCGGACCGCGGAGGCGGAGUUCCCCGAGGCGGGAGGGGGGGGCCAAACGCUGGCAGGGGUGGCGACAGAGGCCGUGAAAGAAACAGACCCAACUUUCGUGGUGAACGGGGCGGAUUCAGGGGGCGGGGCUUGCCCCACCGGGGUUUUCCUCCCCGUUAGAACUUGUGAUCGGCUGUCUUGAUUUGUUAUCUAACUUGGACAGGAACUAUUUGCCAGACGUGUUUGUCCUGUUCUAACCCGCUCCCAGUGUGAGGAUGUCAAGUGUGGUUAGUGUGGUUCAGCAGGAGACACUUGAGGCCAACAGGAGGUCGUUUUUUUUUUUAGCCAGUGCCAGGAAUUUCAGAUGUCCUGUUUUGUAUAUUAACUUGUAGAAUGUCUGUUGAAUGAAUCAGCGCUCUUUUUUUAAAAUAGACUCCCAAAAUGAUUCAAGUCUUGAGUGGUUUUCAUUGUUUCUUGACAGGAUAUACUUCUGUGAAGUCAUGUCAUCUCACGUUGUUCCUCGACGGUCGUGCAACCUCUUAUCAAGCGGGCUGAUACGGCGUAUUCACCGAUUUGUUAGAUGUCUCACGCUUCUUAUCUGUGACAGCAAACCUGUUAUCACAACAGCAACAAAUGGCGCUGGAAGCUUUGAGGCGACUAAGUGAAUACACAACCAGGCGGAGUUUCACAAGCUGAACGUUGUUCUAGUUUUGGAGCGUGAUCAAUGCCAUGACGCGACGGACACACGAGCCCACGUCACCAGUCUAAUCCCUCUACGAAACAGGCCAAAGCGACCGGAUGACUUGGGUCUAAGGUGCGCAUCGUGCGUAGCCGCUAACACUUACACAGAAGCUUGUUGUUUAAUGAUGAAUGACUCGGUGAUGGCCGUCCAAAGAUGCAUCAUUAAAACUGAAACUCCCAUUUCUGGUUCGCCCAGAUUCCUGUUAUUGUUUAUAUAAAACUUUUUUUUUUUCUCCCCGCCUUACACGUACCAUGACGAUGACUGCCUUUCUGUUUUGCAGUUUUGUGUUCGCCAGUGUUUCAGCUCUCAGUUACUGAGCCUUUUCCUCUCGUUUCCUCUAAACUGAUUAUGACCAAUAAUCUUGAAUUACUUAAUCCUGAGUUUCUGUACAAGGUAUAAGGUGUCUGGAUGGGAUGUUCAGGAUUCCAAGAAUCUCGUCUUUCUUCUUUCCUACUGAGGAGCAGUGGAUCUCCUUCGGAUCUGUCGAUUGAUAGUGUCUCUCCCUUUAUGUACUGUAUAUCAGAAAACACUUUCACGUACAGAAUCCUGGGCUUUUUUUCUGUGAACUCUUCAGAAAUUUCAAAAACAGAAUUCUGUCGCAUCCGGGUCAUGGCACUAUUAUGUUCCCAGUCAUAAACAAAUGGCUGAGGUGAAGGACGUCGGCGAACAUUCCUGGUUAGACUGACUUGACUCGAUAUUACUACUUUAAAAAUACAUUCAAUGAAACAAAAAUCUCGGUCAAAACAAAUAAGUCAGGUGUGUUUUCUAAUCCUACCCCUGUACUACGACUGUAUUCCACUGGGGUAAACCUCAGAACGGGUGUUGCUCCUGAGAUGGUCGAUAGUUAGAUUCUAACCGCAGCAUGUUCAUUUUUUUAUUAUUUAUUUUGUAAUUGUUCUGAAAGAGACAAGAUACCCUGGUUUUUCUUCUGAGCUUCUUCCGAAUUUCGCAAAGGGCUCAAAUAGUGACACAAAUGUACUCAACAUACAGUGUUAUUACUGCUUAAUAAUGAUCUAAAUAUAGUUAACCCAUGACACCUUAUUUAUUUUAUUUUUCAGCCACAUAUGUCUCCUUCAAUCCUCGAAGCAGAUAUUUCUGUUUCCGGACGUUGAAUAUUACACGUGAGCGAGAAUAUCUAUGUCUGAAUGAAGUGAUUCAGCGCUUAUCGGGUGCAAUUGCCUGCUCUGUGUCAGACGCGCAAAUGACUCGGUAAAGACUACACUUGAAGCUAUUAGCUUUUGAAAGUGGCUGGAGAGUAGGUGUUGGUGUGGAAGCGUCACAUUCCGACAUGUGAGAAUGGACGACUGCUUAACUUCCUGAGAUGGAUUAUUACUAAUCUGAAGAAUGUCAGUUAUUGAGUUGUAACUUUUUUAAGAGUGAGCUGGAGUCUCAGAAAUACACAGGUAUUAAGGGUAGUCUGUGAUGACGUUUAUUAAACCGUACUUUACCGGUGGAACGUGAUCAUUCCGCUGGUGAACUAUGUGGAAAUAUAGGGCGUUAGGAGGGUGCAGUGGUCAGCGCCGUUCAUUUUAAGGUCGCCAAAGAGCGCGCUCCUUCUGAUGUGUUUGUCAAGUGGCAGCUGCCGCCUCUGUUGCCAGGGAAAAUCAGGAUUCGGAUUUUGAGAAUUCAUUCAGGAACCUAGAGUGAGGAGUCGGGGAGUGGCAUGUUGGGUUGCUGCUUGUUGGCACUGGAGCAGAGUUCGCUGCAUUAAACACAACACCGGCAGCGGCCAACAUGUCCAAACAAUGGCUGCUUUAAAGUGACUCAGGAAACCAUUAGCAAAGGCAGAAUGUGUUUUCCCUCACAUGUUGAACCGAUUUUCAAUUCUUUGUCGUGUCCAUUGUUCAGUAACGGCAAAUUCUAAACAUUAUUGGGGAGAGACUAUACUCGAGUCACUUCAUCUUACAGUUGAAACCAGAACACUAAACCUGCUGAUCGAGAAAUGAGCUAUGAUUUGACUCAAGGCUUGCUUUUGUAAAAUGAAUGCACUGAAAUAGCAGAGCUUCCCACCCAAAAUAAGCAGACUCACUCUGGAUUUGCAUUCAAGGAAUGGCUCUUAUUAUGUUCCCUAUCUCGACUACCUCAGGUGACAAAUACUAAGCGCAGGAAUCCCUCUGGGUCUUAUCUUGAGAUAGGAAAACAAAGUCAGAGGUGUCCAAACUUGUUUCAGGACACAUUUGAUAAGGUGAAAAUGUGGUCGGACCGAAAUUGUAAGUGAUAUCCCCAAACUUUAAAAAUGACGCUGACUCAGCUUAAAAACAUGUGAACAGCGACGCAAUACCGAGAGAUGUGUGAG